UAGCGUACAAAGACCGCAAACAACAAAUUAACAAAAACUCGUCAAUCGUACGCUUGCGGCUUGCCGGUCGUCUUAUGUUUGCCCGGUUUCUUUUUUGUUAACCGUUUUUUAACGUCCGCGUCUAGGUGGGUGUGGUGAUUGAGUUCGGUCGAUGUUUGUUUUCCCCCGUCGUGUCGUCAUAAACAGUCGUUUACAUUUCAACUUUUAACGGUGUUUGCAAUAUUGUCGUGUAUCACCGUCGUUCACUCGUUCGUUACGUAAUGGCCGCCGUCCGCUCAUUCACGUAGUUCGAACGCGCGUGCUUAGUUUUUACCCGGCUGCGACGGAUUUGUUUCACGCGAUUCACGUUAUUUUGUGAUUUGUUUACAACGCUCAAAUUGUCUGCCUACUUUUAUUUUUCACUGGAUACUUAUCACAAAUACGAUGGGUGUCUGUUUUCUUUGUGAUACAAAAUUGUAUGGUGAACGUACACGGGUGUGUUCAAGCAUUACACCGCAUAGUAAUGUACCAUACCCGGAAAAAAUUGUUGAGCUUCUGGGAGAUGAAUUUGUGGUUAUUGUGACCCCUGCAGAUCACAUGUGCAAGAAAUGUACUUCUCUUUUGACUCAUAUGGACAAGUUGGAAAAUGAUCUGAAACUUGUUAAAAAUGCAAUGUUGUCAUAUAUACAAAAGAAAUAUGGAAUAUUGCCUCCAGAUCAGGCUGUUAAGGGUGUUGAGAUUGUCAAUGGACAUUUAAAGGCAGAGGAACAACUAGAACAAGGUCAGCGUAAAGUACCUAGUGGUCUGACAGUAGGAGUUUCUCCUACUGUAACUACUGCUGCUGUAGUUACUCCGGUCCAAACUCCAUUAAAGUUGUUAAAAACACAACAGCAGCAGCAACAACAACAACACCAACCACAGCAACAACAUCAUCAACAACAACAACAACAACAACAACAACAACAGCAGCAGCAACAACCAACACAACAAGAAAGCGCUAACAAAAUGAAAAUAUACAAGUGCGGCUUUUGUACAUUCCAAUCGAAAGAGCUUGGUCAUGUUCGAUUCCACAUGCGCACUCAUAUGAACAAAAAGGAGCCUGAAAAACCUAUUCUUAAUCAAGCAGCAGCUAAAGCAUUAACUCCGGUACCGCAACAGAAGAAACGACUUUAUAGAUGUCAAGUAUGUUCGAAAUCCUUUGAUAGUCGAAUUAAUUGCCUUGAUCACAUUCAGAAAGACCAUAAUCAGCCAACUCCAUCAACCUCAAAUGGAGAAAGAGAAACAGAAGAUUCUCGUCCGGUUUCAGCCAAAAUUAUGAAACCGGAACCAUCCAAGACUCAAGAAAAUAAUCCGCAAGCGGAGUCUUCUAUGGAUGUGGACGAAAAUCAACAAGAUGACAAUAAAGGCACUGUAGACACAGAUAUGAUGUUGAAUGACAAUGUCGUCCCCACUGAAGGGUCUUCAAAUGUUGAACAAGAAGAAGGAACUGAAAAUGCAGGCGAAGAAGAAGAAACUGAAAACUCUCAGGAAGAUAAGACUGUAAAAGAAGUCAAAUCGAAAAAAAAACCUGAGCCUGCACAAGAAGAAGCCGCUGAAGAAGAAGAGGAUGAAGAAGAUACAGCCGUGCCUGAACAGGAAGAAGCUGAUCAAGAAACUCCAGACAGUGUUGAGAAAGAAGUUGAUGAAGACAAUGCAAAUGUGGAAAACAAAACAGGAGACUUGGACAUAGAAUCAAUGUUAGCCGCAAUCCAUAAUGAUAAUCCUACUAACAGCGGGGAUACACAAAACAAAGAUUAAGAUUUAUACAACUUAUUAAAAAGUUAGUAAUCAAUUUAUAUUUAUAAGCUCCAGUUUCAUAAUUUAAAAAUUAUUUUUCCACUAAGUUUUUUUUUAAUAUUUUCUUUUAAUAACUUUUAAGUGGCAUAAAUUAGGAGACUGUAUUAUUUAUUAAAAUAUUAUAAAUUAAAUCAUUAUUUUUUUUUUUUAUAAAUAAGAUAAGACGGAGGAUAUUGAAAAACCAUAUUCAAAACUAUUGAUAGAUUUUGGAAUACGAUAAACAAUUUUAUUUAAUAAAUUACUUAAAUUAUACAAUAACUGAUGGUAAUAUUUAAAUCAGAUUAACAUGAUGCAAUAAUGUUAAAAUUAAUUGCCUAUCAGUAGUUAGUUUCUACUUACCUAAAAGUAAUUUAUUGUUUGAUAUUCGUGAUCUUAUAAUAUAUUUCAACCAUGUACCUCCUAAGUAAUACUCAGUAAUAUUCAAUUUCCAAUCAUAAUCGUGUUAAGGCAAUUUAUAGACAUCUAAAAAUGCACUCACUGUUGUCAUGGUUAAUAGUUUUUGUUAAAUCGAAAUUAAGAAAACUAAAUUACACACUUCAAAAAUUUAAUGAUUAUAUGAAAUAAAAUAACAUUUUAAGUAAUAAAAUCAAUAAAAAAUAUAUAUAAUAACAGUUAUUAAUUUUUGUUUCUCAGUCUUAAAAGUAAUUAUUGAUUUAUUUUUAGUUAAAAUUUAAAAUUAUUCAUUUAAUCCUAAUAAUUAUAUAAUGGUUAUGAGUAGAAAUAAUUGAAUUGCUUUUAAGAGACGAGUUCAGAAAUAUAUUAUUAUGCAUUUAUACAAUUUAUCUUGUCAUGGUUUUAAUAAUCUAAGAUUCAUCAAUAAUAGGGGAACGUAAUAUUACAUUAAACUACAUUUUCACACAGUAAUAAAGUACUAAAUUAAAAUUGUAGUAAUAUAAAGAUAAAAAAUUAAAAAGUAUAAUUAUCUCAAAAAAAAUCUAGAAGUUAGUAUAUAAGAUAAGUUACCAUACUGAAGAGUAUCUUUUUAAGUUCACGCUGCAAUUAGUCUUAAGACAAGAUUAGAGGCACAUAAAUAUGCUCAAAUCUUUGUCAUCAUUAAAAUAAUCUUAGCUUAAUAAAUAAUAUUUGAUACUUUUAACCAAAUUUGCAAACAUUAUAAUAUGCAGUUAAAAAACAAUUAUGAUUUAGCUUUUCUUGUUAUUAUUAUUUGUAAGCUAUUACAUACGUAAAGUAAAUAUUUAAUACUUAACUAUUUCAUGAUGAGCUAAUAUUCGGAUUAUUUUAAAGACAAAUAUACAAUGUACAGUAGUAAGGCUCGUUCACAUGGACGCGUAUCGUACGCUCACGUUUUAAAUUUACAUUGAUUAAGUUCAUACACACUAUACUGGCAAGGGAAAUGCGCCAUUGUCGGAGUAGCGCGUAUGGAUUUAACCAAUGUAAAUGAAAACGCGCGCAUACAAUACGCCGUGUAUGAUUCGCGUCCAUGUGAAACGGGCCUAAAAUACUAAAACUAAAUACAUAGUUAUAAAAAAAUUUAAUUCCAUUAAAAAAUGGUAUCUAUUAUAUUAAUUCAUUCGUAUUCAUGAUAUCAGUUCCAUUAUAAAAACAAGUUCAGAGUCAUAAAUUAUGCAUAAAUCUUUGUCAUAGUUUUAUUAAUCUUAGCUUAACUAACAAUUUUAUUAGGUAACAUAUUACAUUAGCUUACAGUACUAAAAAUUAAAUACUUAGUAUUUAAAAAAAAAAUUUAAGAUCAAAACCAAAAAGAUAUUUUUAUUUUUUAGUAUCUAGUAUAAUUCUUUAUUUUAAUUUUUUAUUAACAAAAUUUGUAGGUUAGCUUAAAAUACUGAAUAGUAUUUAUCAAAUUCGGGUCUAUUACAUUUAAGACAAUUUCAGAGGCAUCAAAUAUGCAUGAAUAUUUGUCAUAGUUUUUAUAAUCUUAGCUUAAUCAAUAAUUUUAGAAGGUAACAUUAAACUACAUUAAUGUACAAUACUAAGGUACUAAAGUGAUAAUAUUCUGAUUAUUUUGAAGACAAGUUCAGUGGCAUAAAAUAUGCAUGAAUCUUUGUCAUAGUUUUAAUAUAUUACCUUAAUCAAUAAUAUUCAUAGGUAACAUCAAGUUACAUAAGUGUACAGUACUAAUGUACUAAUAAUUAAUUACAUAGUUAUAUAAAAAAAAAGUAUUAGUAUCUAGUAUGGUUCUUACGUCCUUGAAAUUUAGGUAAAUAUUUAUUAGUAUUGAAUUUAUUUAUUAGUAUUCAUGAUGGCAGUUCAUUAUAUUAUAUAUUGAGCCAAGUUCAUUGGCAUGAAAUAUGCAUGGAUCGUUGUCAUAGUUUUAAUAAUCUUAGAUCAAUCAAUAGGAUGUAACAUUAAAUUACAUUAGUGCAUUACUAAAGUACAGAAAACUAAAUACGUAGUAAUAAAAAAAAAAAAAAAAAUAAAAAAAAAAAUUUAUUUUUUAUUAUAGUAUAGUUCUUAAUUUUUGUUUAUUAUUUUAAAAACAUUUAGGUUAGCUUAGUACACUGAAAAGUAUUCUUCAAGUUAUGUUGUUUGUUAAUUAUUGUAAGAUUGUAGGUUUUAGGAUUUUAGGUUCAUUCUUGAUAUUUAAAAUAUAUAUUAGUAUUAAAUGAAUUCAUUAAUAUUCAUAAAGAGAGUACAUUUGGGCAAUUAUUUAUUAAGACAAGUUCAUAGGCUUAAAAUAUGCAUGAAUCAUUGUCAUAGUUUUAAUAAUCUUAGCUUAAUCAAUAAUUUUAGGAUGUAACAUUAAAUUACAUUAGUCUACAGUACUAAAGUACAGAAAACUAAAUACGUAGUAAUAUAAAAGAAAAAAUUAAAAACCAAAAAAAAAAUUAUUUUUUAUAUUGUAGUUCUUAAUUUUUGUUUUUAAAAAAAAAGGUACCUAUUAGUCUCUAGUUAAGUUAUUUAAGUAAAUAUUUAUUAGUAUUAAAUGAAUUCAUCAAUAUUCAUGCAGAUUUUAUACAAUGGAUUAAUUAUUUAUUAAGACAAGUUCAUAGGCUUAAAAUAUGCAUGAAUCUUGUUCAUAGUUUUAAUAAUCUUAGCUUAAUCAAUAAUUUUAGGAUGUAACAUUAAAUUACAUUAGUGUACAGUACUAAAGUACAGAAAACUAAAUACGUAGUAAUAUAAAAAAAAAAAAUCAAAAAAAAAUUUAUUUUUUUAAUAGUCGUUCUUAGUUUUUGUUUAUAAAAAAAAGGUACCUAUUAGUCUCUAGUUAAGUUAUUUAAGUAAAUAUUUAUUAGUAUUAAAUGAAUUCAUCAAUAUUCAUGCAGAUUGUAUACAAUGGAUUAAUUAUUUAUUAAGACAAGUUCAUAGGCUUAAAAUAUGCAUGAAUCUUUGUCAUAGUUUUAAUCAUCUUAGCUUAAUCAAUAAUUUUAGGAUGUAACAUUAAAUUACAUUUGUGUACAGUACUAAAGUACAGAAAACUAAAUACGUAGUAAUAUAAAAGAAAAAAUUAAAAAUCAAAAAAAAAAUUUAUUUUUUUAAUAGUAGUUCUUAAUUUUUGUUCUUAAAAAAAAAGUUACCUAUUAGUCUCUAGUUAAGUUAUUUAAGUAAAUAUUUAUUAGUAUUAAAUGAAUUCAUCAAUAUUCAUGCAGAUUUUAUACAAUGGAUUAAUUAUUUAUUAAGACAAGUUCAUAACUUGUACAGUACUAAAAUACUAAAAACUAAAUACGUAGUAAUAUAAAAAAAAAAAUUAAAAAAUUAAAAUCCAAAAAAAAAGAACUUAUUAGUCUCUAGUUUAGUUAUUUUAGUAAAUAUUUAUUAGUAAUAAAUGAAUUCAUUAAUAUUCAUGCAGAUUGUAUACAGUGGAUCUAUUAUUUAUUAAGACAAGUUCAUAGGCUUAAAAUAUGCAUGAAUCUUUGUCAUAGUUUUAAUAAUCUUAGCUUAAUCAUUAAUAUUAGGAGGUAAAAUAAAAUUACAUUAGCGUACAGUAGUUUUGUGAUAAAAAAUUAAAUACAUAGUAAUAAAAAAAAAAAAAUAAAAAAUCAAAAUCCAAAAAAAAAUUUAUUUUUUAUUAUAGUAUAGUUCUUAAUUUUUGUUUAUUAUUUUUAAAAAUAUGUAGGUUAGCUUAACUGAAUAGUAUACUUCAAGUUAUGUUGUUUUUUUAAUUAUUUAUGAAUAUUAAAUGAAUUCAUUAAUAUUCAUGAAAAUAGGAGUCACAUUUGGUCAAUUAUUUAUAAGGACAAGUUCAGAGACAUAAAAUAUGCAUGAAUCCUUGUCAUACUUUUAAUAAUCUUAGUUUAAUCAAUCAUUUUAGAAGAUAACAUUAAAUUACGUUAGUGUACAGUACUAAAAUACUAAAAACUUAAUACGUAGUAAUAUAAAAAAAAAAAUUAAAAAAUUAAAAUCCAAAAAAAAAAUUUAUUUUUUAUAUAGUAGUUCUUAAUUUUUGUUUUUUAAAAAAAAGGUACCUAUUAGUCUCUAGUUUAGUUAUUUUAGUAAAUAUUUAUUAGUAUUAAAUGAAUUCAUUAAUAUUCAUGCAGAUUGUAUACAGUGGAUCUAUUAUUUAUUAAGACAAGUUCAUAGGCUUAAAAUAUGCAUGAAUCUUUGUCAUAGUUUUAAUAAUCUUAGCUUAAUCAAUAAUAUUAGUAGGUAAAAUAAAAUUACAUUAGCGUACAGUAGUUUUGUAAUAAAAAAUUAAAUACAUAGUAAUAAUAAAAAAAAAAUAAUCAAAAAUCAAAAUCCAAAAAAAAAUUUAUUUUUUAUUAUAGUAUAGUUAGUAUUAAAUGAAUUCAUUAAUAUUCAUGCAGAUUGUAUACAGGGGAUCUAUUAUUUAUUAAGACAAGUUCAUAGGCUUCAAAUAUGCAUGAAUCCUUGUCAUACUUUUAAUAAUCUUAGUUUAAUCAAUCAUUUUAGAAGAUAACAUUAAAUUACAUUAGUGUACAGUACUAAAAUACUAAAAACUUAAUACGUAGUAAUAUAAAAAAAAAAAUUAAAAAAUUAAAAUCCAAAAAAAAAUUUAUUUUUUAUAUAGUAGUUCUUAAUUUUUGUUUUUUAAAAAAAAGGUACCUAUUAGUCUCUAGUUUAGUUAUUUUAGUAAAUAUUUAUUAGUAUUAAAUGAAUUCAUUAAUAUUCAUGCAGGUUGUAUACAGUGGAUCUAUUAUUUAUUAAGACAAGUUCAUAGGCUUAAAAUAUGCAUGAAUCUUUGUCAUAGUUUUAAUAAUCUUAGCUUAAUCAAUAAUAUUAGGAGGUAAAAUAAAAUUACAUUAGCAUACAGUAGUUUUGUAAUAAAAAAUUAAAUACAUAGUAAUAAAAAAAAAAAAAAA